UGAACGUUGAUAAGGAAUUAGUUAUGUGUACUGUUUUGACUUGGAGAGUUUUCCCAACUACGAAAAAAAGAACAUUAGGUAUUUUUUUUUUGUUAAUUUUUAGUUACUGACCUUAGUAGUUUAUGGUGCGAGUUAAAUUAUUGUUUUACAAUGGAAACUGAAAGCCAAGGUGUUAUAUAUAUAGAAAAUUGGAACGAUUUAUGCCGAUUAUGUUUACGCAACGAUCAACCGUUACAAAACUUGUAUUAUGAGGAGAGUUUUUUAGUAAAUGUCCAAGAAACUACAAAUCUCAGUUUUAGUGUUGAUGAUUCAUUGCCGAACUCUGUAUGCAAGUUUUGUGUCGAUCAAGUCAACUCAUUUAUUGAAUUUCGAGUUCGUUGUAAAGCCACCGAUGAAUGGUUACGAAAUGAAGCUGCAAUUUCCAAUAGUGAUAAUAAGGAUCAAAUAGAAAUCGUACCUGAGGAACCCAACAUGGUUACAAAAAAUGUUUUAUUAGUCGACCACAAUCGGUUCGAAGAGCAGCUUAUUGACGAUGCAAGCAUGGUCGACCAUCAAACCAUAGAAAACGAAAUAGAAUUGCCCAGUUGUAUUGUUCAAACUGAAGAAGAAGAAGAAGUCAUGGACGACGUUAUACAAAUAUCGGUGAACGAAGAAACUAAUUUAGACUCGACCACUAGCGAUUUUCAAUGUACAAUUUGCGGUAAACAGCUACUGUCGGCCUAUACUCUUGUCAAUCAUAUGCGAUCUCAUACCGGAGAACGCCCAUACGGGUGCAGCGUUUGCGAAAAGUUCUUUAAGACCAAGUCCAACUUAAACGAACAUUACCGGGUGCAUAACCCAGAGCUUCGAUGGAUGAAAACGUCGAGCCGAGACAUCCCGUCCAUAACCAGAGUGACGGUCACCUCGGAGGACAUAUUGACGUGCGGCCAGUGCUCAAAGGUGUUCGUCAACUUGGACGAACUGGCGGCGCACGAACGCACCCACGUGGAUGAACAGUUCACGUGCGAAAAGUGCAACAAGAAUUUCCCCACCAAAUCGCAACUGUCCGCGCACAUAAGUGGCAACUGCGACAGCGCGCACACGGACAUCAACGCGGACAGACGGUGUCCGUAUUGCGGUAAGCAGUUCCGAUCGGCGGCCACGUUGGAGAACCAUAAGCGCGUUCACACCCGGGAGAAACCGUUCGUCUGCGAGCUCUGCGCCAAACCGUUCCGGACCAAAGGCAACUUGCUGGAACACAAGCGUGUGCACAACAACAGCCUUUGGCUGAUGAAGAGCGACACUAAGCUGACCGACAGUGAACAGCGUUUCAAGUGCACGUACUGCACCAAACCGUUCCGCACGUACACGGCCUUGUUAAACCACGAACGCGUCCACACCAGAGAAAAACCGUUCGAGUGUUCCGUGUGUGGCAAAUGCUUCCGGACAAAGUCGAACAUGACCGAACACAUGAAAGGUUGUCACGACAUAGACUCGACGGCUUGUGUGUCCGACGAGGUGCAAGUGUUCACUUUCAAAACUAACUCCGUUUCUAGAAUGGAACCCGCGUGACAACUUGACUGAUCAUCGUUAGAGAUUUGUUUGUACAAUAGAAAAUUCGUUUUGUCGUGUUUUCUUUUAAUUUUUUUAUUUAAACAAAAAACAAUUGUACAAUUUUGAAGUAUAUGAUAUAUUUUAUAUUGGUAUACUUCGACAAUAACAUUGUUGUUGUCAAAACGAUUUACAACAAUAAUAAAAUAUCUAACUUUAAAAUUAUACAAAAUAUUAAUUCGAAAA